CCUCAUACCCUCCAAAAUUUUCACCAACACUUUCCCAACUCACAAGUCACACCCUCCAAAUAUUUAUAAAUAAAUUAAAAAGAUUAUAUACCAUCAUUGUCUCUCUUAACAAACAUAACCCCAUGUGAAUCAAUGAAAUAAAAAAAUAAAAAAAAAAAUUCCAUAAAAAAUUAAUUAAAAACAAAAACCCAAAAUUCCCACCUCUAUAAAAAGCUCAAAACCCAAAAACCAACAUCUUUUUAUACCAUUACUAUUAUACUACUACUACCCACUUCACUCUCCAAUGAAGAAGAAUAAAAUGAAGAUUAAUAAAAUUCUUCAUUUAUUCUUCUUCUUAAUUAUUUCUCUGUUUUCCUCUGUUUUUCAACAAAGUUUUGCACUUUACCAUCAUAAACCACAAAAACCUCAACAUUCUAACAAAAAAGGUUCCCAUUUAAGAGGAAGACAGCAAAUGGGUAGUUGUAAUUUGUUCCAAGGAAAAUGGGUUUUUAACAUUAAUGGUGGUUCUUCACCUCUUUAUAAUUUCUCUACUUGCCCUUUUAUUAACCCUGAAUUUGAUUGUCUUAAGUAUGGUCGACCCGAUAAGGUGUACCUCCAGUAUGAUUGGAGCCCCGAUGAAUGCUCGCUUCCGAGAUUUGAUGGGGUGGAAUUUUUGACGAGAUUUAGAGGGAAGACUAUAAUGUUUGUGGGUGACUCACUGAGUUUGAAUCAAUGGAACUCGUUAACUUGUAUGGUUCAUGCGUCGGCGCCUCAAGUUAAGUAUACCGUGGGGAAGAAGGGCGCUAUUUACUCUGUCAAUUUUGAGGAAUAUGGGGUGAGUGUGCAACUAUACCAUACAACUUACAUAGUAGACAUAAUUAAAGAGCCAAUUGGACGAGUUCUCAAGUUAGACUCGAUCGAAGGAGGUAGUGUUUGGAAAAACAUGGAUGUACUCAUCUUCAAUACAUGGCAUUGGUGGCUUCACACCGGAGCAUCACAAGGAUGGGAUUAUAUACAAGACGGGCCCAAAGUUGUUAAGGAUAUGGACCGGUUAACCGCCUUCAAUAAAGGGUUAACCACAUGGGCUAGAUGGGUUGAUAACAAUGUUGAUCCAUCCAAAACCAAAGUCUUUUUCCAGGGCAUUUCUCCUACCCAUUAUGAACAGCCAACCACUGCAUUUAACACAAUCAGUCAAUCAAUCAUUAUGCUGAAUCCUGUUGUUGAUCAGUCCCAGAGAAUGGCAUGGGGCCUCAAAGAGCUGCAGUGGGGAGGCAGAACCACUAUCAGGUUCGAUAUACCCUGGAGGCUCACCUCCAGCAGCAGACAUAGUGAGGAAAGUAAUCAGCACAAUGAAGAAACCAGCUUACCUACUUGACAUAACAACGUUAUCACAGUUGAGGAAAGAUGCUCAUCCAGAGGCCUACAGCGGCGAUCACAGUGGCAUAGACUGCAGCCACUGGUGCCUUCCUGGAUUGCCAGACACUUGGAAUGAGCUUUUAUAUGCCGCUCUACUCAUGUGAAUUUCCACCCCAGACUCUGAACAAAGUCUUUUUGUUCUUUCUUUAGGUUGCAAUUUAUGUUGAUUUAUCAAAUCAUUAAGAUGGUAGAAAGGUAAAGGGAAAAUAUAGAAAGAAAAAGAUAUUAUUGAUGCUUCAUGUUAUUAUCAUAGGAAAUAAGGAGUUCAUAGGUGUGUCUUGGUAAAAAUUGUUUUUUUAGCUUGAUAUGUUGCUCUCGAAGGAUGAGUGACGAUAUUAUGUCCAUAUUGAUGUACGCUGUAUAAUCCAAAGGUCCAAUACAGAAAAUAUCUAAUUUGAAUCCUACUCUAUUGUCAGAAA